CUUGCCGGCGUCGAUGGAGUACGAAUUCAGCAGUCGUUCGGGGUCCGGAUCCUUCGUCUCCGGCGGCGGCAGUGGCUCGUCCCUCUACCCGCGCGUCAACCAGCUCUCCCACGGUGCCGUUGCCGCACCGCAGCGGGCCGCGCCCUACCAGCACGUCACAGCAUCUCCCUCAUCACCCGCCUCCCCGGCCCCCGCUCCCUCCUCCUCCUCGUCCUCCGCACCGUUGGGCAUAAAAGCUGUUAUAAAGCCAGAAUAUCGGAUAACCCCUCCUCCUCGGUUGGCACCACAGAUGGUAGAAGUUCCCCGCAGCACCUUUAAUUUCGAUUUUGAGUACGAAAGAAUGAUUCUUGCCGAGGCAGAGAAGGAGAACCCCAACUGGGGCAAGUUUGUGGCUGAAAGGCAGACACCACCAACACAACAACAACCACAGCCACCAGGAGGGCCAAGACACACAACUACCACUACUUCUAUGGCUGCAUCAGUAGAUCCAGUUGUGGAGAAGUAUAUCUCCAUGGGGCUUGGACGUCAAGCUGUGUCAUUUGCCGUGUUAAAUUAUGGAGAUAAUCCAACGAAGGUGAAGGAGUUUGUGAAAUCCUACAACGCACUCCACGAGAUGGGCUUCACCUCCCCGAAAGUCCCUGAGUUGCUGGCGAUCCACGACAACGACCUCUACAAAGUUAUCCAGCAAUUGUAAAAGCACAUCAUAGUCCACCACGAGUGGACACCUUUUGUCCCAUUCUCAUCCUAUGCUGCUCAGCCAUCACCGUACCGCAUAGAUGCAAUAUUUGUCAUCGCUUGCCUUCGCUUGAGGUACUGAACAGUCCUGAAUGGAGUUAAAUCGUAUACUUGCGCGAUUACACUGGCUACCUGUUGUGCAAUGUGAACUCUGAAGGCAUGUACUCAUGCAAGGUGCUUAGAGGUGCUUAGAGAUAUGCUUAGAAAAUCAAAUUGGUUUUUUUCCAAGCAAUAGAAAGAUGCUUAACUUGGCACCUCUUAUAUAUGUAGAAAAUGUUUA